ACAGUGACGAGGGCUAAAUACCCUCCAUAUUUGUAUUGACGGACGGAGUCGGAAUGUGAAGCAUGGCUGGAGAAGGCGAGAAGAAACCGGUGCUGGAGAUGGUCCAAGCUGAUGGGGCUGAUGAGGGCUGUGUGACAUUUGUGCUGCAUGAUGAAGACCAUACACUGGGCAACUCUCUCAGAUAUAUGAUCGUAAAAAAUCCGGAUGUGGACUUUUGUGGCUACACUAUCACCCAUCCAUCUGAGAGCAAGAUCAACUUUCGCAUUCAGACACGAGGAGGAGCUCCAGCCACAGAGCCUCUGCGGAGGGGUCUGAAUGAGCUCAGUGAUGUUUGUCAACAUGUCCUCAACACCUUUCAGGCAAGAGUGAAUGAGUUCAAAGAGCGGCAGGAACAACCCAUGGAAUGAAGAGCUUGGUAUAUGUGGGACUGUGGAGCUGUUAGACAUAAGUUCCCACAAAAAAACUGUAAAAAUUAGUUACCUUGAUAUUUCCUUUUUUAUAUUUUGACUAGCCAUAGAGAGACAUGGCACGCUCUCCUACUCCUGAAAAAAAAUAUUCACAGUCAAACAUUUGUACAGUUUUCAGAUUGAUUAAUGAUGUAUGAUAAAUGUGUGUUCUUGUGUUCAUCUUUCCUGAAUUGUUGGAAUAAAUAUUGAAACAAAUUUCAAA